AUGCCAGCUUUGAUUCCCUUCAUCGCUUACGCCCCAACAUCAAGGUACAAAGAAGGUAUCGGAGCUUUCUGUAUAGACACAGAAAAGUUCCACAGAGAAGACCGUACCUUUCGCAAGGUCAUAAUUGACGACUUCAACGCCAAAACUGGCCCUAGAAGAACGCUUGAAAAACUUCACAUCGGAACCCACGGCCUACAUUGGAAUGAACAGGAGGAGAGACUCUCCGAGUUCAUCAUGACGACUAAGACCACCCAUGGGAACUCGCAAAUCCAGAAGCCCUCCUCUCUACGCUCUCACAAGGAGAGAAGAGAAAACCGCCAAGUUUAG